CUCUUUGAACUUUUGAAUGAGAUUCGGAUAAGUGAAAAUAGUAUACAGAUGACCCGUGAGCAGUUUAGUACUCAAUGAAGUUCAAAUGCGUCAGCAUAUAUUCGUUGUGCGUUGUCGGGAGCAUUUUUUUUUUUCGUUCGUUCUGCUUGUAGUUUUUUGUACCGUAGUGAACGAUUUCGACGGGAAAGAAACAAAAUUCAAAUCGUUUGGCGAUUGAGUUCGAUUAAGUUGCGCGCGCGCCAAACACAGAGAUUACAAACAUAAUAUCCUAUACUCAGUAAAACAACAAGUAAGACGAGAGUGAGAGACAGAAAGACAGAGAUAGAGUGCACGGGAGAGAAAAAAAAAACAUCGGCGAGAGAGAGCGUGAGUUUGUGGCCCAAGUGCAAGAUUAUCGGCAACGGUUUUCUCUCGUUAUAACGGAUCGUGAAUCCCGAGAGUGUACGGUUUUUUUUUCUGUUCGCUUCGUUUCGUUUCGUCAAAAGUAACAAAUAUUUUAACGUUGACCUGUAGUGACAAGAAAUAAUCGGUUUAUCAAUUGUUGUCCCUGACGUUCGGCCCCGAACGAAAAACGAUACAUAUUAUUCAAUCGAAUUGAACGCACAAUUUUUUGGUUCACCAGCGAUUAAUUGCAAAUGAUAACACCAAGACAGAAACAACGCCAACCGAAACAACACACAGAAACAAACAGCAGUCGGCCAGCCAGACAAACAUUCAACUAAAAAUUGUUCAAUUCUUCUUUUUUUUUUAUCAACUUAAUUUUGAAUAACAAGUAAUAAAUUUUGUGUGAUUUCAUAUGGUUUGACUAUGGUGAAAGAUUGUUUAUAUACAAAUAUACCAAAUUUUGGUUUUCAAUGAAUCAUUAUGAAUUUAAUACCUUUUUUGGGAAAUCAGUGAAGCACGGUUUAUGUGACACAAACAAUUAAAUGAACGUUGAUAAAAUAGACGACGAACGGAAAAAAGUGAGUUUCUUUUUCUCACACGAAAAAUACUUAUCGCUUUGAUCGCUUGAAACAAGUGCGCCGGAGACUUAACGAAAAACGGGGAAAAAAACGAUACGACUCCAAGAAAAUUAUUACGACGACGACGACAACAACAACAACAACGACGGCGGCGCUGGUAGAAAAUUUGCAAGUGUUUGAAAACGACAGAAAUUUAUCGGGAAACAAAUAUGGAUUUGGAAUCUCAGUCACAGCAAUACGGUGAAGUAAAUCAAUUGGGUGGUGUGUUUGUGAACGGUCGACCGCUACCAAAUCAAACGCGGCUACGCAUUGUCGAGUUGGCUCGUUUAGGAAUUCGUCCAUGUGAUAUAUCGCGACAGUUACGUGUCAGUCAUGGUUGUGUAUCAAAAAUACUCGCACGAUACCAUGAAACCGGAUCCAUAUUACCGGGUGCCAUUGGCGGUUCAAAGCCACGCGUCACAACACCAAAAGUCGUUAGCUAUAUACGUGAGCUGAAGCAAAAGGAUCCGGGCAUAUUUGCAUGGGAGAUUCGGGAUCGUUUGCUCACCGAAGGUGUUUGUGAUAAAAAUAAUGUGCCAAGUGUUAGUUCGAUAUCACGUAUACUGCGCAAUAAAUUGGGCACGGUGAAUCAUUCAGGCCACACCAGCAAUCAUCAUUCACAUUUAUAUAGUUCGAUUUAUUCAUCGUAUCCGUAUACAUCGUUAAAAAGCUCAACAAACGCAUGCAAUAGCCCAUCACCGCCACAAUCAUCAUCCGUACCAAAUGCAUACUGUUGGCCAUCAUCGCAUUCGGUCAACGAUAUUUUAGCAAGUGUUCAUCAUCCGGCCGCUCUUCUGUGUGGCACAUGUCCGACUAUGUUAACCGUACCAACAACGAAUCAACACCAGCUACCGUCGGCUGUGGUCGGCAACGAUCCCAUACAAAACACUCAACAAGUCUCCUACAACACCUAUCAUCAUAUGUACAUGCAAAACAACAGCAUACCAUUGCAUCAUGGACACGGCAAUCUUAAAACCCCGAGCAACAUAUAAGCACGGAUCGUUACGGAUCGGUACGAAUAGUGUCCAACUCAUUCACCACAACAGCAGCAGCAUCACCGUAAAUAUUCAUUCAUUCUAGAAGUUAACGUAUGUAUUUUAAACGACCAUUGAUCGAAAGUGAAGUUGCAAUAAUUCUGUUUCGCUUUUAAAAAUAUUUCACUAUAGCCAUUGGAUAACAUCUCGACAUCGAGAUAUAAAUAUAUAUAAAUAUUUACCUUUCUGAUUUUGAUUUUUGCCACAGUAUAAAUCAGACAUCAUUCAGCUUUAGCCGAGCGUACAAACUAUUUAUCUCUCUGUUUGACAAAUUGUACAUACGGUCAGUUUCAUUUUUGUGACGAAAAAUUUUUGUAUUCAUCGAAAAAUUUAGUGUAGAUUCAAUGCAAAAUUUAACCGAAUAGCCCAUACGAAUUGACAGAGUUUUCGCAAAAUAAUACAUUAAUAACUAGAGCAAAAUCAUGUGUUCGAUUUACCUGAAAGAAAUCUAAUGAAGUGUAUAUUUUUCAUAUAAAUGUGACGCGAGCCGAAAUUUACGAUUUUCAAACAAAAAAAACACGCAUUUUGUAUUCACAAUUUUCUUCUCUUUCGUGGGCAUAUUAAAAGUUGAUUUAUUUUUUUUUUUUUUGAUUUUCGUAAACUAUGCCAAUUUCAGGCCAUUUUCACUACGUAUCACAAGCGUAGGAGCGGUGAAAAGACAUUGAAUUUUCACAAAACGAUUGAAAAUGUUCAGGUCAAAGAACCAUUUCGAACGGAUUCCAUGAGCAACAAUCGUGAGACUUGCUAAUGGAAAACGUCGUCACGCACAUGUGACAAUCGCUUAAUUCCGUGCAAAAUGUCACUAUAAACAGAUUUGUUUACACAAGCACACACAUACUGAACAGUGGUGAUAAAUAUCAAAAAAAAAAAUUAUUCAAAUUAUGAAAUGCAGAAACGAAAAUAAUCUGAUUUAUGUGCAUUUUGCUGGCUGUAAAAAAAGACGAUUCCGGAAAUUAAAACAGCCAAACUUUGAAAACAGAGAAAAGUUGAGAAAAAGACGGUCACAAAGAAGGCGUAUUUAAGCGACAAACGCGUUUCCGUAAGAAAUACGUUGGUGAAAAAAGAAAGUUAGCAAAAUCAGAUGAAGAAAAUCCAAUAUUUUCCAUGUACAAAGAUCGAAGGACAUAAUUUUCGCUUUUGAUCUGAUCGAUGAAAGCGCGGGGUUUGAUUUAAAUUCUUUGUAAAUUGAAAUAGACCACCCUGUUUUUAUGUACAUGCUAGUCUUGAGCAAUGUGCCUUGGUAAAUAGUUACAAAAAAAAACGCAGAUUGCGAAAUAAAUAAUUUUGAUUGAAUAUUUCAUACUGAACCAUGUGAAACACAAAUUUAUUAACGAAGAAAAGCUUUACUGCUCAUGUGAAUCAAAGUAUGCAAUUAAACUAACUACUGAAAAUCGAUUUGAAUCUUUAGGAAGUUAACUUUUGAAAAAAGUAUUAUAGAUAAAGAAAAAAACAAGCCAUAUAUUAUAUUACCUUGUUUUUAAAGUUUUCCUAUUCAGAUGGAGAAUCUAGUGAAUGUUAAGAAAUCUAGUGUAUCGGGCAAUUUUCCCGAAUUUGUUCCAGUGAACAAUAGCUACGAAUCUUCUCUUAGUUUUUUUUUUCUUUCGAUAAUUAAGUUCAUUUACAUUAGGAAAACAUUUGUUGUAAUACAAUUUGAUGAACCACCUCCCCAAUAAUUACUACUUAAUUCGAUUUUUAUAUACUUGCUCAUACAAUGGUUUGAACACACAAUUUUUUUUACCACAUUGAAACUGCUCAGAAAAUAAAUAAUAAUUUUUAAGAUAAUCCUAUCUAUUUAUUUAGACGCUAAGACAAAUUACCAAUAAAAACUCCUUGUUUGAUACGCAAUAUGAUAAAAA